AUGCAAUAAUUUUUUAUUAAUGAGCUUCAAAAGAAACCAAUUCCUGAAAUUUUAAUGAUACAAUUUAUUUAAUCACCAUAGUUUAUUGAAUAAAUAGAAUUAAUGAACUUAAAUCAGAUUUAGUAAUAUUUACAAUAAUUAUCGAUAUUGAUCUAAGAAUAAAAUGAUUAAAAAAGUUGGGUUUAUUUUGGAUUAUUAUUGAGAUAGAUGUUAAAUUAAAGAAAUUAAAUGAGCAUUGAAUAAUAUAAUAGAGAUGUAAUAAAUACUUUUGUUUUGAUAAUUCAAAUAAUGAAUAUUCAUAUUACUUCUUCUUAUAUUGAAUCAAUUCUAUCAACAUUUUAUGAAUUUAUUGAUAGAGUAGAUGAUCAAUUUUGGAUAUUUCUAGCAUGGUAAUUCAGAAACGCUUCAAAUAAUAUAAAUUAAUUAGAAUUACUAAAAUACUUAGUAAUUUCGCAAAAAUAAAGAAAUGAAUUUUUGGAUAUUUUAAUUUUAAAGGUUAAAAUUGAAAUAGAAAAACCCAUUACUAACAUCUUAAAUUAGAAAGUUAUUUUAUCUUCAUUAUAGAUUGUCUUAGAAAGAAACCCUUAUUAAAUAAUAUCAUAAAAUUUAUUGAAUUAUAUGACUUCAAUUUUGGUUAGUGAUUAAAUGCAUAAAAUACCAAUUAAAGAUUGUUAUUAUGUUAUUGGAAUGAUUGAUUAAUUUUUUGAACAUUAACAUUUAGUAUAAUGGGAUUUUAAAUAGUAUGAUUAGUUUACACACUUUUUAUUUUCAUAUUUGUUAAAUUAAAUUGAGCAAAUAAAUAUGCAAGUUUUUAAUCAUUAAUGUAUAAAUAAAGAGAUUUAAAAAGAAAACUUCAAAUUGCUAACAAAAUUGUGUUAAAAUCAUUGUUCUUUAAAAUUAUUUAAGAUUAAUAAAGAAAAACUUUUACAUUUAAUUUUUUGUUUAUUAUCAAAUUAUAUUGAAUUCUAUAAUGAAGUAUAAAAUGAAGAUAAUCCUAAUGAAUUAAUUGAUCUUAUAAGUAAAUAAGAGAGUGAUACAUAUUUGUGUUCAAUUGUGAGAUUAUUUGUGGCGAUGUGUUCUUAUGUUCGGCAAUUUACAUAUAUUGGAUAUCUUCUUUGUUCUUAGGUGUUCAAUACUAUUUUUUAAGUAGAUUUAUAAUAAAUCAAUAUUAUUAAAAACCAAAUUUCAUUUUAUUACGAUCCUCAGGAUAUAAAUACAGUAAAUUAAAUCAUUAAAUUAAAUUAAUCAUUACCAAUUACUUAAUUAUAAUCAUCUUUGAUUUUGCUUACAUCAAUGAAAUUAUUCAUUGUUGAGUAGGAUUUUACUCUAAAAAAUCUUGAAAAUUUACUUAGGAUUCAUUUAAAUAAUUUAACUUCUUAAAUAGGUAAUUCAAGUUUUAAAAUUAUAUUUAUGCUCUUUUUGCAAAAAUACUAAAAAAAGAUAUUUAAAUAGGAAUAGGAUGAAGAUUUUAACAUUUAAUAUUUAAAAUACAUAUUGUAAUAAAUCACAAAUGAAAAUAUUGAAAGUGCAACUGCUGUUUCUGUUUUUCAGAUGAUAACUAAAUCCUCAUCUAAUUCCACCUUAUUGGAAAAUUUAAUUUAAGGCUUAAAUCCUUACAUAUAAAAGAUUAUUUCUACAACAACAGAUAUUGAUUUUUUUUAAUCUCUUAUAAAUUUGGCAAAAGUUCAUAAAUAUUUUUUUUAUAAUUAUUCAGAGAGCUAUCUUAUUGUUUUAUAGUAGAGAAUAAUUAUAGAAAUAUAAAAUUAAAAUAAUCAUGCUGUUAUUAAGAUGUUGUAAACUUUUAGAGCAAUUUAUAAAAUUUGGCCUUAAGAAGAAACAUAUAAUUCUUAAUUGGAUAUUUGGAAAUUGAUAACAUUUUUGCAUCAAUCAAAACGAAAUUCAUUUGAUGAAGAACUUAUCGAAAUUUCAAAGAUAUUUUUAAAAUAAUAUUGUAAAAAUUUUGAACUAUUAUAAUUUUAGAAGAUAAAAACCAAUACCAAUUUGUUUUACUAUUUGUUAUUUAAUAAUUAAAUUUGUAUGUUUAGUAAGCUCCCUAUAUAAAAUUUUUAGCUGCUUUGAAUAAGGAAUAAUGCCAAUUUAUAGCUCAACAAAUGCCAUAAUUAAUGUAUGAUGUAAUAAAUCUGAUUUGUAAUAUAGAUUUUGAUAAUUUGUUUGAAGUGUAUAGAAAUAAACUAUUUGAUCAAAAAGAUAAGGAAAGUAUGUAGAAGCAUAUCAUUAUACACAGAUUUGUUAUUCAAAUAAGAAUGUAAAAAUCUCUUUGAGAAUCAUAUCAAGUCAACUUAAAAUUAAAGUUAAUCUAUAUUUUUAAUUUGCUAUCUAUGUAUGAGCAAUUAAGAAGAAACAGAAAAAUAUCACGAUUAUUUAGUGAAUCAAAUUUUAGAAAUUCAAGAGCGCGAUGUGACUCUGUAAAAUUAAUCAGAUAUUUUUGAUUGUUGUUAUGCUUUAAUAAAAUUAUAUGAAUAUACUGGGGAGAAUUUUGGAAAAUCUCAAUAUCAAUACAAUCAAAAUAUCUUUUAUAAGUUAAUUGAUCUUUUGCAUUCAUGUUUAUUAAUUGAUGACAGAUAAAAUGAAUAGAAAAAUAUAACUUUAAAUGAAGUUUAUGGGUUAUUUUAAAAAAUGAUUAGCAAAAUUCAAUCUAAAUUACUACCUAAAUAUUUGGAGGGAUAAUUUGAAUAUGAAUUUAAACUACAAUAAUUAAUGUAAGCAAAAGCAUAAUUUGGAUUAAUAAAUACAAUAUACAAGUAAUUUAAAAAAUGA